ACCAUGUACUCAUUCCACCUUCUCCAAUUGAUGAGGACGCCGCUAUAAACAGGGCUAGUCGCGUCACGAUCGGUAAACAUCAGCUGUGGUAAGGGUCGAGGUUUCUUCAUGCUGUCCUUGUAGCAACCAACCUUGUCCACAGGAACCCCAACAAGCGAUCUAUACGCUUGUUAUUCAAAAUGGCGGAAAUGAUUGCACCACCACAUCGAAAGAAGAAAGAGCCAGUUUUAUCCUCAUAGCAAUGUAGAACCUUCACAUGUGAUACUCACCUCGAACAAGGAUGAGCAAAAAAAGCAAAUUAGACGUGCCAAUAAUCUUUCAUUCAAGAGUUAGAGACCCUUACAAUAAAUUUUCCAACUUUUACGAAGUCGACCUCGAGAUGCCUGAAGGAAUCUUUCCCUCAGUUGAACAUUAUUUUCAAGGAAUGAAAUUCGUCCCAAAAGAUCGUGAAAAGUUCACGAAAGGAGGCCAGUUCGAUAAACCAGCAGCUACAAAAUGGCCUGAAAACGUCUCAAAAGGUUGCGUAGCAAAAUCUGCAGGGUCAAAAUCCGGCACUGCUAAACAUCAAAUCACCUUGGCUGAAGACGCUUUGGAUCAAAAUGCCGCUCAAAUUCGCAUGAAAAAUGCAUUGAGGAUAAAGUUUCAACAAGAGCCGUUCAAUAGUUUGUUGCUGGAGACAGGAGAUAGGUUGUUGGUGCAUAUACCAAUGAGAGGAAAGACAGAUUUUUGGACUGCUAAGAUAGAUAAGACAACAGGGGAACUUGUUGGAGAGAAUACAAUGGCGAAACUGUUAAUGGAGGUUCGUCAGGAGUUGAGAAGUUGUCCUACAGGGAGUCAUUAAACAAUGGUGAAGGGAUGGGAGAGGUAGACCUCACGCCCUCCUAUAAUUCAGGGUUCAAUUUUAGGUAUAACUUUGACAACAGAAAUUUUAAAAAUUUGAGCACAGGGAGCCCAAUAGUUGUUGUAGCUGUAGUAGUUGUUGUUAUAGGGUAGUUCUCACAUGACUGUGACAAGCUCAGUGUCAUGUGUGCCUCACUGUGACUGUGACUAGAAUUUUAAUUGGCUGAUUGUUUUUUUGCAUGAUGUGUUUGGUCUGGCAGUUGAGUGGCCUCCUUUGCAGAUGUCAUUAGCAUUGCGUGAUGACCCUAAUGACAUCUUCAAAGGAGGCUAGCAGUUGUGUGGCCUUGAUAUUACUGCAUCCACACUGUAUUACGGGCAUUCCAUUGGAUACAAAACAAGUUUUUUGCGCGAUAUGAUUGGUCUGGUGUGUUUUUUGCCAUGUCAUGGCCAUGUUUGUGCAGCAAGAUUUUCAGUCAUACGAAAACUGCUCUAAUAAUUGUAGUAGUAGAAGUAGUCAUUUAGCAGUUGUGGUAGUGAUAAUAAUUGUACCCUUGUAGUUAUAGUAGCAGUAUUCGUCGUAGUAGUUGUUGUACUAGUUAUAAUAGGUCUACAAGUUGUUGUAUUAUAAUAGUGUAGUAGUUGUUUACAGUGAUUUUACUGUGUCCAAAUUCUUUUCUUUUGUUUUGACUGCUUGUCAACACUAAUUGGUGCACUUUGUUUUGAGUCAAAUCAAAUUAAUCUAGUACAUGUAGUAGGUAUUAGCUUUUCCAAGCUAAGAUUGAGGAAAAAACUUGGUUGAGUUGGCAUUCGACUGUUUUAGAGGACCAAAUAAACAUGAUCUUUGAAA